GUCCUGCCCGAGAACAGUUGACUAUUGCUCUACUGGGUUGAGCCCGUUUGCACUCAGAUUGAUUGAGUUCCCGUUUUUAUCCCUCAACAUGAUUGUAGCACACUCGAACAAUCAACAACCACCUCCAAAACUAGAUAGAGAGUGAGACUACAUCCAGCUUAUUUUCCACUAUGAUGCCAUUGGACAAUAGCUCGAACGAGAAGGAACAGGGCUGGAAUACGCCCAACAACACAGAGCACCUGCAGUCAUCGCAGCUCGAAAAUGAUGACACAGCCGCCUCACACAACGCAGCCGGUGAUAACGACGCAGUCUACCCAACUGGACUAAAGCUUGCCAUCAUCGUCAUUGGCCUGGAGCUGGCUGUACUUUGCGUCGCCCUCGAUAACACUAUCAUCACCACGGCCAUUCCGCGAAUAUCAGAUCAGUUCCAUGCUCUUUCCGAUGUGGGUUGGUAUGGUUCUGCCUAUCUGCUCACGGUCUCGGCCUUCCAGCUCUUCUUCGGUCGCAUGUACAGUAUCUUCAAUAUCAAGCGAGUCUUCCUUCUCAGCCUCUUCCUCUUUGAAGUGGGCUCUCUGCUCUGCGGUGUCGCCCCGAACUCCACCGCUUUCAUUAUCGGCCGCGCUAUCGCCGGCUUGGGCUCCGCUGGACUAUUUUCUGGUUGCAUGGUCAUUGUCACCGUUAGCACCUCAUUAGAAAGACGUCCAUUCUUCAGCAGCAUGUUAAUGGCCAUGUACGGGAUCGCCAGUGCAAUUGGCCCGCUGCUGGGUGGCGUCUUUACUGAUAAAGUCACCUGGCGCUGGUGCUUUUACAUCAACCUUCCUCUUGGUGGCAUCACCGCCGCUGCUAUUAUAGCCUUCUUCAAGGCGCCACCCGCAGUAUUGCAAGAAUCCAAGACGUGGCUUAAGAGCAUUGCUCGCUUCGACCCUAUCGGUACCCUCCUUUUCAUGCCGUGCAUCAUUAGUCUUUUUCUCGCGCUGCAGUGGGGUGGUACGACGUACGAUUGGAGCAAUGGGCGAAUUAUCGCCCUUUUCGUUGCUUUUGGUGUUUUGUUAAUUGCUUUCUUCGCUGUGCAAGUCUGGGUUGGUGAUAAUGCCACCCUUCCGCUUCGCAUCAUUACACAGCGCAGCAUCGCCAGCGGCAGCUUCUACUCCAUGUGCGUCGGAGCCUCCUUUUUUGUCACUGGUUAUUAUAUCCCUAUCUGGUUUCAAGCUAUUCGUAAUGCGUCGGCCGUGCACUCAGGUAUCGACUUAUUGCCUCUGAUGCUUGCCAUGACCAUCACUACCCUCGCCUCCGGCGCAAUUGUCUCCAUCUGGGGCUAUUAUACCCCUCUUAUGUACGCUCUGGUUGUGGUCGGUCCAGUCGGUGCUGGUCUGCUAACCACCUGGACCGUCGAUGUCUCCGCGGCCAAGUGGAUUGGCUACCAGGUGAUUUUUGGUGUUGGUAUCGGCCUGGGCAUGCAGCAGAGCUUUAUCGCCUGUCAAGCCAUUUUACCUCUCCCGGAUAUCCCUAUUGGAACCUCCGUAGUGGUAUUCUCACAGAUGUUUGGCGGCUCGCUGUUCAUCAGCGUUGCUCAGAAUACCUUUACCAACCAUCUCGUUUCCGGCCUGGCAGACAUACCUGGUGUCGAUGCGGCACAGGUCCUCCAUACAGGUGCUACUGAGAUCAGUAGCCUUAUCAAGGAUCCGAAUAUGCUGCGUACUGUUCAGAUUGUCUACAACGACGCUUUAACUAAAACAUUUUUGGUUGCGCUUAUCAUGAUUUGUCUGUCCGCGUUAGGUGCAGUUGGUAUGGAGUGGAAAAGUGUGAGGAAUAAAAGGUCUGAAGCGACUUAGACAGACAGGCUAUUUUGCAAGUGCACUUUCUCGAUAGUUACUAUCAUCGCUACAGGCUUAAUCCCAUGCCUUGCGGAUAGAGGCAUUGUUCUUUUCGUAAAUGUUUUUCUUAUCCAAAACACUUGUCCCACUUCUGUUUCUGAUUUCUUACACGUUUAAUGUAGCAUAUUACACAAACUAAU